AUGCUUGAACUCGGAAAUGUCUCGGUGCAUAAGUUGCAGAAGGGUGCCUCAGAAAAGGUUGAAACUUUCUACAAAGAGGGCGCCCAGUUGCUUGAUGCCGCGAGUGCGAGUGUCGCCCAGCUGAGGAAUCUCGUCCUUCAUUCUCAACAGAAGCACACGCUUCGGCGAGUCUUGUUUUAUCUAGUCAAACCAACUAUCCUGCCAAAGUUCACGAGCAAAGAAGAGCCUAAGGCCACCGAGAAGCCUAAGUCCACAAAUUGGUUUAUGCUGCCAGCUGAGGACUUGAAAACUCCGGUUCGCAUGAUCGAUCUCGAGACGAAAAAUAUGGUCAGCACCGUCGACCUAGGCCCCCAAGACCAGUACUGCAUCCUCUCACAUAGCUGGAAGGGAGCUGAAAUUGAUUACGGGUAUUUCUGUGGCGCGAAAGCCUCCACUCGGUCAGAGGGAGAGGAAGCAGCCGGGGACUCCAGUCCCGGAAUCGAAUCGAAGCAUAACGACCUUCAAGGCGUCACGUACAAGUGUGACAAAGAUUUGCGCGAAGCAAUCGACAAGCUUCAGAAGAAGUUGCCCAUUGCGAACGGUGACGUUGAGACAGUCCCCUCGGUUCCUGAAUUACUCAACAGGUACAUCCAAGCGCAAGAGGCCAAAGAGAAGCUCGCCAAGGCCGAGAAAAAGUCGCGUGAUAAAGAAAGAUACCUCGCCAGUGCAGAGCACGAAAGAUCACAUUACAAGACCUUAUUAGAACCAGUUAAAGAUCUCCAUUACACAGCUCCCACGGAUGGAACCACUCAAGAUGGCAAGGGAGAUAGUGCAUUCGCAGAGCUACUCUCAAAAGUGGAAGGCCUCCAACAAGAUGCGAAAGACCGUCGAGACAAAGCAGAUGGCGACCUCAUAAAGGCCCGGGAGGCCAUUGAAUCGCAGCAAGAUACGGAGAAGCUUUUCACCAACAAUCGCCACGCCCUUUAUCUCGUGGAGCAAGUGCUAACCGCCCUUCAGCGCCAAAGGUCCGCCCGCAAAAUCAAAGAGUCGAUUGAAGUCGCCAAAGAGCUUUUUGAGCGGAUGCCGUACUCCAAAGGGGGAAAGAAGUAUGUGUGGCUCGAUACCUGUUGCAUUAAUAAAUCCAACACAUAUGAGUUGACCGAGUCUUUGGCGCUGAUGGGAGACUGGUAUGCUAAUGCGGACUUUUGCUUGGUACACCUGGAUACUCGGCGCUCGCACGCCGAGUGGUUGCAGGAAUAUGAAUACUUCGAGGGUCACACACUAAACCCAGUGGAGGAAAAUAUCUCGCAUCUUGGAGAAAUCUGUGCCAACCCUAACUGCUGGGGUGAAGACUGUCCAGACCACCAUGCUGGGUACCAUAUCGAGUGGGCGGAGCGAGGUUGGACGCUGCAAGAGCUGGUACUCAGCAAAAUGACAUACUAUGUCAAUUCUCGAUGGAAGCUCUUGAGCAGAGAAAUUGAUGCCAUCGGUCCCUACUACCCAGUGGGACCAUUCCUCGAGCAAUACUUAAACCCAUCCCAAGCGAAGCAAAAAAAUUCAACCGAUGCAGGAUCAGACGGGUCAGCAAGUAGUGACACCCCUAGCAUGGAACGAAUCAAGACGUUGAUUGGGAAACUUGAAACGCAUGGAUUCGUCCCUCCACGGCAUAUAUCGAACAUGACCGCUGAAGCGCAGAUUGCCCAAGCGGUGGCCUCUGCGAGCGGAGAAGCUAGAAUCAACCGAUUGUUAGCUGAACUUAAAGAUGAAAUUUGUAGCUAUAUCAAGAAAGACCGUGAGGAGAUACGGCGAUUUGGUCGAUUGUCAAAGCUUACCAGUUGGGCGACGGGAAUAGACCCAUUGAGCUCUGCGGCGAGAAAUGUGCUCGCUACUGCAUCCGAUCGAGUCACUACCGUUCCCACAGACCAAGCGUACUCGCUCAUGGGCAUUAUGGGGGUGCGGUUUCCGGCUUUCUCUGCGGAAGGGUUGCCAAAAGCCCUUGCCCGUCUUUUGGACGAGGUUGUCAUCUCAUCCAACGAGGUUUCUGUAUUUAAUUGGUCUGGCAAGCAUGCUGGCACACCAAUCCAAGGCCGAUCACUCUACCCUUCCAAUAUCGGUGCCUUUAAGGAUCCGAUUGAAACUCCUCAUCUGGCUGACCAGGCGAAGACCAAUACACGCAUUCUGGAAUUGUUCCAGGCUGAGCGUCACCAGCAGAGUGACAUAGCAAAAGAUGUGGUGUGGCUGUUGGUAAAGAUGAUGAAACGCGUCAAAGACUUGAGGCAGGAUUGCCCGGAUGCAACAUCUUUAUUGCGCCUUGUUCGCGACAUACAAGAUGCAGAAUUUAGUAAACUAAGGAUUGUUACUCGCGACUUGGAAGGCAUUGUUAACAUGCUUGGUGACAUCCGGAAGGCAAAGAAGGCUCACCAGGAUGACAAGAAUGGCAAGAAGGAAGAGAAGACUGACAAGCCUGGCCAAGAGGCCCAAUGCAAACCAACGACAUUUGUGAAUACCGGCUUCAGCCAACUGACAGGUGCGAUGGCUAGCUUCUCCCCGAGAAAGUUACCAUUGACGAGGUUCGGCUCCAAGCGAGGAUCAAUAGCGAAAGAGACAGAGCCGUAUGCGGACGGUCAUAGCAACUCUCCGAACACAGUUCCUGAGACUGUUAGGCAGCAGGGACCAGCUCCACGGGCUGAGGAACAAAUCCUGCAAGCGAGAAUUCAAGACCUGGCUCAAAAGCUCAAAGGUCAAAACAAUAUCAUUGAAGAAAACUACGAGCGGAUCAGGAAGACGAAAGACGAGAAGAGGAAUGAUCCUGACAAAAACCAAACGGUGGAGCGGGACACACGUUUGGUAUGCCCGAACCCCAUCGUGGUAAGCAGCGCCGGUAUCCGGGGAGUCUUUGACAUCCAGAGGAUUAUUGUCAAGAUGGAGGAUAAAGACAGACUUCGCGCGCAGGUCGUCAAUGCUAUUGAGGGGCAAAAGAUCGAUGGAUGGUGCACCAUCAGCACUGGCUUCGCCAUUGCCUUAGUGGCAUUCUCCUGCGACCGAGAUACGCUGAAGCAGCAACUCGAUAUGGCGCAUGUGGUCGAGAGUGAACUGAGUGAGCCCCAAAAUCAACCGAAUGAUGGUGCGAGGCCCCACGAUAAACCCACUGCAGACGAAGAUGCCCAGGACGACGACGGCCUGACGGCGGACGACAUGUCAGACAGAAUGCCGCCAGUCGAGGUGGCGACAGUGGCCAACAGUGGACUCGACGCCCGCGACGAGACACCGGAUGCUCCACCAAAGGGCAGUUCGCGUACGAUCACCCCCGAGCAGAAAAGGGUUCGCCGUAUGAUCAGGUUCGUCCAGGAGCCCGACCUGCAUGCCAUUGCCGGAGAAUGGGUGCUGGCUCGGUUCUCCGGCGUGGCUGGAGCAGACUGGUUUCUGUGUCGCCUGGAAUUGGGAUCCGGUAGCGAUCUGUACGGCCGACGGAUUGCCACCGAUGCAUUCAGCUUCCAGAAUGCGGUCCCAGAAAAGGGAUUGAUAGACUACUGGUAUCAGUACAUGACCGAAAAGAAAUGCCGGGUCUGCCAUGCGGUCCGCUUGUACAUUGAACGAUCCAUCUUGUGGGACGGCGCACGCCAGAAGCUUCACAGCCUGGAAGUCCAGCCUUGGAAUGACCCGAACAAUGGCCAGGCGGACGACGACCUGGAGGAAUUUCUUAGAAGAUUUAGUGGGAACACGUUUGAGAAAUUGAGUGAUGUCGCUAUCGCGGCGGGUAAGGGGGCCGCGGGGAUGGGAGCAGACCUGUUUGCCAGAUUUCUGCAGGCCCGCGUCGAGGAAGGGGCGCUCAAAAUGGUGCCCCCCCAAUUGCACGCGGCCGUUCUGGACUUGGACGAGGGAAGACAUCUGUUCCCGGUGAUGUUCCACUCCGAUACUCUGGUUAUCUACCUUAGGAUUUAG